AUGACUGAACCAACUCGUGUUGCUUUCAAACUUGGUGGUUUUAAACGACCUGCUCUGAAUAAUGUGGCACCAGCAGCUAGUCAAUUUGAUUCAUCGACAACAAGUAAUAAUGAACAACCCGAACUUCUUAUAGGUUUUGAUAAUGGUGAAAUACAAAGUAAUGCACCAACUGUUAAAAAAGAAGAACUUGUUAUUCCUACUCAACCAAAUGCUCAUCAUAAAUUUUUUAAACUUAAAACAAGUCUUCAAAAAACAAUUGAAUCAAAUGAAUCUAUUAGUCAAUUAGAUGAUGAUGCUAGACGUGCACUUAUUCUUGAAGCAAAAGAUGCUAAUGAAAAUUGGAAUGAACGAAAUGAAAAUGGAACUAUUCGUGUACAUACAAUUGAACAAGAUUCUACAAAUACAUUUAUGACUGAUUUAGGAAAUGAUACAACUGAAAUAGAACAAAAAAACGAAGAAGAAAAAGAAGUUGAAAAUGCUGAUUAUGAUCAAGUACCUAUUGAAGAAUUUGGUAUGGCUGUUUUACGUGGUAUGGGUUAUAAAGAUGAUAGUGGUCUUGGUAUAACAAAUAAAAAACAAGUUAAUGUAUUUGUACCUGAAACUCGUCCACGUGGUCUUGGUUUAGGUGCUGAUAGAAAAAUUUUAGAAAAAAUUAAUCACUUAAAACGAAGUUUAAAAAAAUCUGGUAUUGAUGAAAAAGAUGAUUUAUGUUUAGAAAAAGGAGCUUGUGUUCUUAUUGAAAAAGGUCCUCAUCGUGAUUUUUAUGGUACAGUGGAAUCGAUUGAAGAAGAUGUUGCUCGUAUUACAGUAUUAUUAGCUAUUGCUGGUACAAAUAAGAAGAAAGAAGUUAUUUCAAUAUCACAAUAUAAUGUUAAAUUAGUUACGGAAAAAGAAUUUCUUAAAUAUAGUAAAUAUGUUAAUAAAUCCAAAGCUGAACAAGUGGAAAAAGAAACUAGUGAUCAAUUAAUGAAAGAUUAUAGUCGACGAGAUAAUGAUAAUGAUACUAAAGAACAUAAACAUCACCGAUCAUCACAUAAAGAUGAUGAUGAUGAUGGUUAUAAACGUCAUCGUUCUUCGAAAAAUGAUGAUUCUGAUAGAAAACAUCGUCAUCAUUCAUCGAAUGGACAUCGACAUCGUCAUGAAGAUUCAAGUCGUUCAAGAAAACAUUAA